AUGAUUAAUUCUGAAAAGUAGUAGUAUUAGUAAUAAUAGUAGAAUCAACAAGAAGAGCUUAAGAGUAUUGAAGAAUAGCCAGAAACAAGCAAUUCUAAGAUCUUUUAGGGUAUUGAUCUGUAGUAGUUAACUCAGAAGCAUGUAUGGAAUGUAGGAGAAAAGAUUCUCGCAGAGCUUUCAAAUUAGUAUUAUAAGAAAACAGUGGAAUAGUCGCAGAAAUCAAUCGAUUAGCCUUAAAAUCAGUAGAUUUACAAAUACUAUAUCCAUUUUGAAUCAUGCGAUAAACGACUUGAUAGAUGGGUCUUUGAUAAUGAAGUGAAGGAUCCUCUAGAUUUCAAUAAUUAAGAUCCUAUGAAUUUGUCUUAACUUCAAUAAUCAUCAAUGAGUCUUAAUAGAAAUGAAUCUUAAUCUUAUAACUAGUCUGGUCUGAAAAGAGUAACCAGACAUGCUUAGAGAAAACAGGAUGAGAUUAACCCAACCAAUUAAGAAUUUUAUGAUUCAAACCCUGAAAUCAAAGAACUUGAGAAAAAGCAUUAGGAGACUACUAAAGUCAGGAAUAUUGAGAAAAUAUUUUUUGGAGACUAUGAGAUAAAUACUUGGUACUUUAGUCCUUACCCUGAAGAAUAUGGAAACCAAAGCAUUCUUUACAUUUGUGAAUUCUGCCUAAAGUAUAUGAGGAAGCAGAAGACAAUAAUAUAGCACAAGACUAAGUGUUAAUUCAAAUCUCCUUAAGGCAAAUUAAUAUACCAAGAUAAAAAGGUUAAGGAGCUAUUUCAGAAAUAGGAGAAGAAAUCAUCAGCUGAUGACAAAUAAAAUUUGACUUCGAUUUCUAUAUAUCAAGUAGAUGGUGUUGAAAGCAAGUUAUAUUGCUAAAAUCUAUGUCUAUUGGCAAAACUGUUCCUUGAUCACAAGACUUUAUACUUUGAUGUUUCACCUUUCUUGUUUUAUGUAAUGACUGAGGAUACAAAGGAAGAGUCUCACAUUGUUGGGUAUUUUUCGAAAGAAAAGACAAUGAGUAAUGACUAUAACUUAGCGUGUAUAAUGGUAUUACCUCCUUACUAGCGUCGAGGAUAUGGUAAGUUUUUGAUUGGUUUGAGUUACCAACUCUCAAUGAAUGAAGGAAGGAUAUGUACUGCAGAAAGACCUUUAUCUGAUAUGGGAAAAGUCAGUUAUAAAAGCUUUUGGACAGAUACAUUAUUAGAGGCAUUACUUUAAGUCAAAGGUAGUAUUUCGAUAAAAGAGUUAAGUGAAUUCACUUAUAUCAAAGUGGAGGAUAUAAUUUAAACUUUGAGCAGUUUAAAUCUAGUAAGAUAUUGGAAAGGGUAAUAUGUGAUUACAAAUUUCAAUGUUAAGCUAAUAGAGGAACAUUUCAAGAAGAAAGAGGAUCAGAACGCGAAGAAUCCAAGAAAGCCAGUUAAGUUCAAACCUAAUUUAUUGUAAUAAUGA